GGCAAUUAAAUAAAAUAGAGAAAUGUGAUAUUUUACAUAAAGACCCCCAAAUUUUGAUGCGCCUCCUUUUUUAAGCAGAAAUCGCAUAUAGACGGAGAUUUGCAGCGAAGGAAGUAAAGAAUAACUUGCUGAUGUUUGUAGAUGACCCGACGCUACUGACCUUGAAGCGUAGACGACUCUCGAUCAUCGAUUCCAUGGAUGCUUCUUCAGCUCAGGCUAAAAUUGCUGGCAUGCGAGAAAAAUAUGGGCGAGAGAUUCGUGUAUUCGAAACUUCGAGCAUUUCUCAGAGGCCAAAUCAAGCUUCUGGUGCUGAAGAGGAAUCUGAUGAAUACUACGAGCUCACAGCUGCAGAUUAUUACCGCCUUUUGGCAACUAAGAAAGAAGAUAAAUCCUUGAAGACGAGAAAACUCCGGGAAGCAGAAGAAGCCGCUCGUCGAGCAAAGCUGACAAAGGCUGUAACCAGGGUUCGUUUCCCCGAUAAUCACACAUUGGAGGCAACGUUUCAUCCCUCAGAGAAGAUACAAUGCGUGAUUGAUCUCCUCAAAAGAGUAGUUGCACACCCAGAUAUUCCUUUCUACUUGUACACAACUCCUCCCAAGAAGCAGAUCAAAGACUUCUCACAAGACUUCUACUCCGCUGGUUUUGUUCCUGGAGCAAUCGUCUACUUUGCAAACGAUCAGCCAAAAGAUAAUGGUGCUAGCUCAACUCCUUAUCUUAGUGAAGAGAUCUUGUCACUGAAAGAUUUAGAGGUCAUGAACAAAGCAGAGGAACCGGUUGAGCCAUCUUCAGAGACAGACACGAGCGACGCUGCUUCUGUACCGGUUGACCAAGAGCCUAAACCCACGGAGAAAAAAACCACAAAGCCAAAGUGGUUUAAAAUGUGACUGAGCAUCGUUACCAACAGGAGAAAAAUGAUGUUGCCUUUAAAAUGUGACGGUUCCAGUGUGUCUCUCUAACAGUGGCAAUCUUAUUGUGUCGAUACCUCAGCAUAUACGUAACAAAAUCUAUUCGCGAGGAGGGCGUGAUGGAUCAUGGGAUGCUGAAGCUCAACCACUACCACUCUCGAUUCUCAAAUCAUUACACUCUCCAUUUAAUUAAUCUAUAAUUAUUCCUUGGUGCAUUUACGUAAUUAUUGUUUUAUUUCUUUUGAACAACGAUUCUUCUUAGAUUACAUUACAGUCCUUUUUUGUUUUUAAUUACCUGUCUUUCUAAUUAUCUGCAAAAGCGCUACGCACUACUAUCAAGCUACUGUCUCUCCACAAUUAGACAUAAAACAAAAAAUUCUCUCCAAAGUGCUGAAUUGUUUUGCCUCCGCGCGUCUUCUAACGUCUUCCGUCGCAGGUUUGUGUGUUCUUCUGUUUUUUUUUUUUGUGGUGAGAGGAUUACGUUUUUCUGUGGAAGAUGGGUUCUGGGCAAUGGCACGUUGAGAAGAGGUCUACUCUGAGGAACGAUUCGUUUCUGAAAGAGUACGCCCCUGUCUCUGAAACUGGGAGCCUCGCGAUCAUUGUUCUCGGUGCAUCUGGUGAUCUUGCCAAGAAGAAGACAUUUCCUGCACUUUUCAAUUUAUACCACCAGGGGUUUCUUAAUCCAGAUGAGGUUCACAUAUUUGGAUAUGCGAGGACUAAGAUUUCUGAUGAGGACCUGAGAGAUCGGAUCCGUGGAUAUCUUGUUGAUGAGAAGAAUGCAUCUGAGAAAGCAGAAGCUUUGUCCAAGUUUCUCCAGCUGAUUAAGUAUGUGAGUGGGCCUUAUGAUUCUGAGGAAGGGUUCAAAAGAUUAGACAAGGCGAUUUCAGAGCACGAAAUCUCGAAAAAGGUCUCUGAAGGAUCUUCCAGGAGAUUGUUUUAUCUUGCACUCCCGCCUUCUGUAUACCCUCCUGUAUGCAAGAUGAUCAAGGAAUGGUGCACUAACAAAUCUGAUCUUGGUGGAUGGACUCGGAUCGUUGUUGAGAAGCCAUUUGGGAAGGACCUUGAAUCUGCAGAGCAGCUGAGUUCUCAGAUUGGGAAGCUGUUUGAUGAACAACAGAUUUAUCGUAUUGAUCACUAUCUGGGGAAGGAAUUAGUCCAAAACAUGUUGGUCCUCCGUUUUGCCAAUCGGUUCUUUUUGCCACUAUGGAACCGUGACAAUAUCGACAACGUGCAGAUUGUUUUCAGGGAAGAUUUUGGAACCGAAGGCCGUGGGGGAUAUUUUGAUGAAUACGGAAUCAUUCGUGAUAUUAUUCAAAACCACUUGCUCCAGGCAAGUGUUCUUUGCCUUGUCGCCAUGGAGAAACCAAUCUCUCUUAAACCCGAGCACAUCCGGGAUGAGAAAGUGAAGGUUCUCCAAUCGGUGAUUCCUAUAAAAGAUGAAGAGGUGGUUCUUGGACAAUACGAAGGGUAUAAAGAUGAUCCAACUGUUCCAAAUGACUCAAACACUCCAACUUUUGCCACAACAAUCCUUCGCAUAGACAACGAAAGAUGGGAAGGUGUUCCGUUUAUACUGAAGGCCGGAAAGGCAAUGAGUUCAAAGAAGGCAGAUAUUCGCAUUCAGUUCAAGGAUGUUCCUGGCGACAUAUUCAAAUGUAUGUAUCUUGAGCAAAUCGAACCUUUCUCACAUACCAAGUAUAUGUACCGAUACCAAAAAAAUUGUUGGUCUAAACUCUCAUGCAAUGCAACAGGUCAAAAGCAAGGGAGGAACGAGUUUGUGAUACGCUUGCAACCUUCAGAGGCCAUGUACAUGAAGCUAACUGUGAAGCAACCGGGUCUGGAGAUGCAAACCGUGCAGAGUGAACUAGACCUAUCGUACAAGCAACGUUACCAAGGUGUCUCGAUUCCAGAGGCUUACGAGCGCCUAAUUCUUGACACUAUCAAAGGAGACCAACAACACUUUGUCCGUAGAGACGAAUUGAAGGCAGCUUGGGAGAUCUUCACUCCGCUACUUCACAGGAUCGAAAAGGGAGAAGUGAAAUCGAUCCCGUACAAAGCAGGAAGCCGAGGCCCAGCCGAAGCAGAUCAGCUACUUAAGAAAGCUGGUUACUUGCAGACCCAUGGCUACAUUUGGAUCCCUCCUACACUGUAAGAUUCUAUAAACAUGGAGAUGAUGAUGAGUAAACACAAAAUAAUCCUGCUGAAUAAAAGAUCUCUUCACGAGUUUGUUAGUGAAUCUUAUAUAUAUAGUACUAGUGAUCUUCACUAGUACAUUGCUUAUCUCUUGUGCUUUUGGUGGUAAUAAUGUAAUCUUUGGUUAUUUUUUAUUUUUUUUUACCCAUAUCACAAAGCACCUUUGUAGACAAUUUAAUGAAAUUAAGAGGCUUUUUCAUUUUAAUAUUAUCUUCUGUCAUUGUGAUUUUA